AUGAGAUCUCAAAGCUAUAAACUUAAGGAUACAGAGGCGGAAUAUACCAAGUUGCCAGUUGUUUUAACUGUUGCAGGAAGCGACUCUUCUGGGGGUGCUGGAAUUGAAGCAGACCUAAAAACGUUUAGUGCGUUUGGGGUCUAUGGAAUGACUUGUAUAACCGCAUUGACUGCCCAGAAUACAACUGGGGUCAAGACUUUUGAUAGAACCUCACAGAAAUUGGUAUCCGAGAUUUUGAAAGCCGAUAUUGAUGAUAUGUUUGGGUACGAGGGAGCCCCAUUGAAGGUGAUAAAGACAGGUAUGUUGACUAGGGAGGCUAUUGAAGAGUUGGCAAAUUUGAACUUAGAAUUGAAAAUGAUAGUAGAUCCGGUAAUGAUUUCUACAUCUGGAAGCGAAUUGCUUGGAAUUGAAGGAGUAAAGCUUUGCAUGGACAAGUUGGUGGAGCGGGCAUAUUUGCUAACACCUAACUUUCUCGAGGCAAAAACGUUGUACAAAAUAAAAGUAGAAGGAGGAGGAGGAGGAGGAGGAGGAGGAGAAGAAGAAGAAGAAGAAGAAGAAGAAGGUGAAGUACAUGUUGCAAAUUCUGACGAGUUCAAAAAGUUUGUUCUUAAAUUGCAAAAACUUUUAGGAUGUAAAAAUUUAUUGGUUAAAGGAGGUCAUAUACCAUUUGAAGACGAGGAGGAUAAUGCCAAAGGAAAGAAAGUAGUGGACAUUCUUUAUGAAAGUGAAGAGGAUGUGCUAACUACUUUUGAGUCAAGGUACAUUGAGUCAGAAAAUACGCAUGGUACGGGAUGUACGCUCGCCUCUGCAAUUGCUGCUAAUGUUGCCAAAGACAAGCUGCUUGUGGAGAGUGUUGCUAUUGCAAUUGACUAUGUACACAGAGGUAUGAGAAACAUGUCAAAAUUGGGAUUUGGAAAUGGACCUCUUAACCAUACAGUACAUCCAAAAUCGAAUAUCGAUGACGUUGUCAAGACGCUGGAGGGUGUAGAGAUGGUGCACUUCCACAAUGGUUACACUGUCUUUGAUUACCUCAAAUCACAUCCAAAUGUCAAAGAUAAUUGGCAGAGAUAUGUGCAACAUCCAUUUGUAAAAGCAGUUGCUCAAAAGGAGCUUGCCUUUGACAAAUUCUUCCACUACUUGAAGCAGGAUUAUCAUUAUUUAAUCAUCUACGCACAAAUGCAUGGUUUACUAGCAUCUAAGGCAACCACAUAUCAACAAGCACACGCACAAGCCACUAUCAUUGGAGAGAUUGUAACCGAGAUUGAAAAACACAAGGAGAAACUUAAAGCGUAUAAUGUGGAUUACGAUAUUGACGAAGUGAAGCCUGGACAAGCUUGUGUAAAAUAUUGUAAAUAUUUAUUAAAUAUGGGGCAGAAGGAAGACUUUUUAGGUAUCAAAAUUGCGUUGGCUCCGUGCUUGCAUGGGUAUGCAGAGGCAGGUGCAUAUGGUCAAGCUUUGAGAAGAGAGAAUCCACGAGACUCUAAACACCUGCAUGUUUUCCAGAAUUGGUUGAACGACUAUACCUCCGAUUGGUACUUGAAUUCUGAUAAAGAAGGCAAGGCCCAACUUGAUGAAUUAACUGCUGGUGGCAUAAGUAAAGAGCGUAUGGAAUCCUUGGUGAAAAUCUUUAACGACGUUGUUUUGUUGGAGAUUAACUUUUGGGACGAAGUUUUACAAGUAUAG